AUGCUGCAGGAGGAGGAGCCCCUGGACGCGAGCCCUACGGCCGCCCCGGCGCGCCACAACCCCGCCCCGACCUCUCCAUCGCCCCGCCAGCCGCCGGUGAGCCCUAUCCCGUCCGUCGCUCACGUCUCUUCCAUCGUCACACCAUUGACGGAGUUUGACCACCCUGAGAAAGGCGAUGCUCUGUAUGCAAUGGAGUUGGCUCUAGCUCUUGAAAAGCUGGUGAAUGAGAAGCUGCACAACCUGCACAGUGUGGCAACAAGGUGCAACGAUCCUCAACUGACCGACUUCGUGGAGAGUGAGUUCCUUCAGGAACAGGUUGAUGCUAUCAAGAAGAUCUCUGAGUACGUCUCACAGCUGAGAAGAGUCGGCAAAGGCCACGGAGUAUGGCACUUUGACCAAAUGCUGCUCGAGGAGGCGGCUUGAAGGCCAUGGUGACGGCAGUCAAGGGAAGAUGUAGGUGUCGAGUUGUGGUUUUGAGGAUUUUUGCAGUGUGUUUGUAGGAUCCGUAUGCUGCGCUGUGUCUGGGAUUUUGAAAUAAAACGAAGGGGGACAUAUUCCGGUCUUGAUGCCAA